UGGUAAUAUUGCCCUUUCAUAUCUGUCUUCCCGUCUUUCGUACGUGUAUUCGAGAUGUCCGGCGCCGGCCCUCGCGAAAACAUCUUCCCCACUCGGAUGGCGUUGACCAAUACGAAACUACGCCUGAAGGGCGCGCAGACAGGCCAUUCGUUGCUAGCAAAGAAGCGCGAUGCGCUGACGACAAGAUUCAGGGCUAUCCUACGCAGGGUUGACGAGGCGAAGCGGAAGAUGGGCCGGGUCAUGCAGUUGGCAUCCUUCUCGCUGGCAGAGGUCACGUAUGCCACCGGAGAUAUCGCGUACUUGGUACAGGAACAGGCGAAAACCGCGACCUUUCGUGUGAAGGCAAAGCAGGAGAACGUCUCAGGCGUUGUUCUUCCCACAUUCGAAGUCGACCGGGUGUCAGGAACCGACUUUAACCUGACCGGUCUCGGACGCGGAGGACAACAAGUUAUCAGAGCAAAAGAAGUCUACGCCAAAGCCGUCGAGACGCUGGUGGAACUUGCAUCUCUGCAGACAGCAUUCAUGAUCCUAGACGAGGUCAUCCGUGCUACAAAUCGUCGAGUCAAUGCCAUUGAACACGUCGUCAUCCCUCGUCUGGAGAACACCAUCAAGUACAUCUUGAGUGAGCUCGACGAGAUGGAUCGUGAAGAAUUCUUUAGGUUGAAGAAAGUACAAGGCAAGAAGAAGCGAGAUGCAGAAGCAGCGGAAGCGCAGCGAAGACUGCUUGCAGAGGCACAAGAGUCAGUGGACUUCACCCCGGAGGUUGGUGGUGGAGGCGGCGACUUGCUAAGCAGCAAAGACGAAGACGUUAUCUUCUGAUUCACAUGCCUUUGUGUAUACCAGCUUUCAUUGACUUUGCUCACUGGAUCGGCUCUCAAUGAAAUGAUGUCCACGCCAUGACG